AUGAGGGAAGAUGAGAUAGUGGUUAUGACUAAGGAGUGUGGUGUAAUUUUCCAAAAAGAUUUGCCAAAGAAGCUGAAAGAUCCAGGGAGCUUCAAAAUUUCAUGUACCAUUGGAACCACCACCUUUGAGAAGGCACUGUAUGAUUUAGGGAAAAGCAUCAAUCUCAUGCCAUUUUCCAUAAUGAAGAAGCUACAAAUCAAAGAGAUAAAACCAACAAGAAUAGCUCUACAAAUGGGGGAUAGAUCAAUAAAGUAUGCACAAGGAGUAGCUGAGAAUAUCUUGGUCAAGGUGGGAAAGUUUUUCUUCCAAGCAGAUUUUGUGAUCCUUGACAUGGAGAAGGAUGAGAAUGCCUCCAUCAUUCUAUGA